AUGCUAAAUUACGCACGCCAGUUAAAUAAAAAGCUGAUUUACAAGCUACAUGUACAAAAUGACAAAGUUGUAGAUAUGCCCAUGUUUCUGGUGGACAAUCUGUAUUUGAGGAACACAAAGGAGUUACUUAUUCUGUUAAACAAUGCUAUAAUAUUCAACAGGAAGGAAUUUUUGGAAAACUACAAGAGGGUAUUACUACAGGGUAGUGAGAAAAAUGUGAACUCUUUUAAUCCCUCACAUGGGAGGGAAGAAAAAAAUGGAUCCAAUGGUGAUAGAUUUGUUGCGGUGGAAUGCACAACAGCUCUUUCUGGUCAUUCCCGUUUUGAGGGUGAAGUGAAUGGUGGAGGUGACCUAAACGGCUAUCAGGGACACGCAUUGGAAAGCCACCACAAGAUGAUGCAAACGGGUUCCAUUUUUAAAAAUGGACGCAUAUCACCAGAUGGUCGUAGGAACCCCUACAAAUACGACAAUGAAGAAUACGACGAGUUAAUUAUGCACUUGUCGGAAGUGUGUGAGGACGAAUCCGGCUCGUAUGUAUUCGAACAGAACGAAGUGGAAGAUGGGGAUGAUUCGAUCGAAGUGGGCCAAGCGGAUGGAGAUGACGCCCUCGCGCAGGAAUAUUCACUAAUUGGCUACCUACCAAAUGAGUUCUUUUUCCAGUCCCUCAAGCAGAGAGUAGUGUCACUGAAAAAUUACCUCUCCCUUAGUGACCUCUUCUCCUUUAUUUACCUAUUCAGUCGAACGAACGAUAUAGACAUGAUAAAAAUAUUGGGGGAGCAGUACAUACAGAAGCAAGAGAAGGAAAAGGACAAGCAGGUUAAUAACAAACAAGUGGUGCAUUUAUUAAAUAUAUUUCUGAAGUUGAAUUACAAAGGAAACAACACACAUCACGUUGUUGACACUCUGGUGGAAAGCAUGAAUGUAAAUGCUUCGACUCAUGAUUUGAAAUUGGUAGCACUAGGUUUUGUAUGCUUGUCUAGAUUGAACCUAUACAACAUGACAUUUUAUCGCUACGUCAAUACCUUGUUAAGUAAUUUAGAUAAAUGUUCUCCCUUGUGUUGCUCGAUGGUACUUCACUGCUUGGGGUAUUAUAGAUACUAUUGGGCGACAAAGAGGAGGGAGUUAUUGGAGCAAGCUAGACUUGUUAGGAAGUCAUCGGGUAGUCAGUUCGGGGGGAUACACUCCCCAGGGUACGAUGGCUCUGGACGAUCUGAGAAGGUAAUCACAACGCGCUGGAGUAAUGUUAACCGCCUAUGCUUCCAGUUGAACAGAGAAAAUGCGCACCUAAUUGAUGAGCUGGAGAAGGGGAUGAUCGAGCAGUUGGUGAAUAUGGAGUUGGGGUCGAUUUCGGAGAAGUCGAUUAGUAGCAUAUUUCAUUUUUUCUUUCUGUCCAAAAGGGGCCUCUUAACUACAGAGGGUGGUGGAAAUGGCAACCAUGGCGAGGGUGACAACGAAAGAGACCACCUGCUAUUGGGGAAACUAGUCCAUAUUUUGAUUACGAAAAAAGUAAACUUCGAUGAACCGAGGAGGUUGCUUAUGUGCUGCUACCCCUUGAUUAUACACAGAUAUUUCUCCAACAUACAAGUAUCGUCCUAUUUCGUGGUGCAGUGUGCUAAACUGAUCAAGCGCCUGAAGGAGAAGAAGCACCUGGACAAUUUGCUCUUUGUGUUGACAGGCUUCACACAGAAUCAGAUGAUAUUUUACCAAAACAAGAGUAACAACAAAACGGCUCCGCGAGUAUAUUUCGACAAGAAAAAAAACAAACUGCACAAUUUUAAGAUUGAAAAUAAGUACAUUGAUAUGUUGGAGAAGUGUGAAUAUGAAGUGAAUGUGUUGGAGAAAGGACCCACACAAGAGCCCGUCAGUUGUAGGUCAGCCAUUUUAUACAUCUUUAGCGAGUUAACAAAUAUAGAUUACGAAUUAAAUAAGGAACAGAUUAUUUUGUACUUACAACUCUUCUCCAGUUUUGACAUCAAGUUAAGUACCGAUAUUAAGAAGAAGCUAUUGGGUCUAGUAAUGGACUCAACAAAUCAGUUAAACAGUUUAGUCCAUGUGAUACUUCAACUAGCCAUUAAAAUUUAUGGCAUUUCCAGCACUUACAUGAAGACAAUCGCCUUGCAGUUUCUUGAAAAAAUGGAUCACGAGUUGGGCAAAUUAGGAACAAACAAUGAAGACCCUUUUAUUAGUUCCAUAAUGUGUGGUCACGACAUCGAUAGGGCCAUGGAGAAGUACCCCUAUCUGUGCGACUUAGAAAAAUUAUCUGACAUCCUUUUCGUCUUCGACCAGAUUGAUAUUCAUAACAGGGACUUCAUCUCAAACAUUUCAAAUUUGCUUUGUGCGAAUAAUUUCUUCCUUCUAACGCAUAGGAAGAGUAACUUCAGCUCACUUGUCCAUGUACUCCACUAUGUAGGGAGCUUACCAAUGGAGUUAGAUUCGGUUAAAAAAUUGACCAACUUUCUUUUCACAUAUGUGGCAGAGUAUGUAGAUUUAUCCUACCGGAAAUAUGUACAGCGCGAACAGGGGGGGCACCAAGUGAAACGACUUAAUAUGAAAGGCUCUCCUCAAGAGGUCAAUACGUCAGUCAAUGAUGGUCACGAUGCAAAUACUUCCUCCCAAACGGAGGAGGAUCCCUCUUUUUGCCAAGUGGAUCAUGCUUUUAUAAAAGGCAGAAUUUACCUCAAAGAUUUGAUAUUUUUGCUGGACUCCAUUCGUAUUUGCAAGGCUUACGAUUUUGUUUCGCUACUCAGAAGUGUGGGCAACAUGAUAACUUCGGAAGGAAUACAAGCCCUUUCCGAUGAGGACGUCGAACUGGUGAACUACAUUUUCAUCGACAUGGGUCUGAUGAACAAGUGCUCGCUGGACGAGGCCAGGCGCCGGGGACUCAACAUCGGAAUGAACUCGUGA